GAAAAAAUGAAAAGAAAUCUUAUACAACACAAUGCAAACCGCUCUGGUGGGGCUUUAUCGUGUAACUCAUCACCGCUGGUGCACACUUUCCAUUCCAUACAAAGUUGUUCUGCUCAUAAAGUGAUCUUAAACGGAUCUCAUGCAACAGAUGAAGAAGAUGGAGAUAAUCAGAAGACUCCGCGAUAUAUAAACUGCUCGGCGCAGUAUGCAUUGGCCGCAAAUGCUGUCUACAUGAAUCUAUGAGAAAAUUCUGAUGUAGACUUUAAAUAUGGGUUCUUAGAUUUU